CUUCUCUGGGCUAUAUGUGGCAUUUAGAAGCUCUGACAAUCUGCUCCAAAUGUUUUCCAUAUUUGUUCAGCCUCCUUGAUUCAAAUACCAGGAACAACUCAGGCAGCACAAAGCGAAGCUUCGGGAGCAAAAAAAACAAAACAAAACAAAACAAAACUCAACACGCCCAUCAGCCAGAAAAAAAAAAAGUUAAUCAACAUGAGAAAAGAGGAGAAGAAACCUCAGAACAACACGUCCCUUAAUAACCAGAACCAGGCAGGGAAGGCACCUGAAGGGGAGAAAAGCACCGAUCCAGCCAAGCAGCAGGAGCCAGCAAUGAAGAAGAAAGCCAAGGGGGAUCCCAAAACGGGCAAGGAAGAGGAAUCCCACACUUGUUGUGCCUGCCGUUUCCCGUUGCUGGUUGCUUUGUUGCAGCUGGUAUUAGGCAUCUCUGUAACAGUGCUGGGCUUCAUUAUGGCAGGCAUCAGCUCUUCUUUACUAGUCAGAGACACUCCAUAUUGGGCUGGGAUAAUUGUCUGUGUGGUGGCCUUAGUGGGGAUGGUUAUGCUUUGUGUUUCAUAUCAGCCUGAGGAGAAGACAUGUUGCCAGUUUGCCAUAAAGCUGAUGUACUUUCUCCUGAGCACCCUGGGUCUGAUUGUCUGCAUUCUGGCAGUGGCUUUUGUUGCCCAUCGUUAUUCCCAGAUUACACAGUUUACCUGUGAUACCGUCCUCGAGUCUUGCCAGUGCAAACUGGACACUUCAGAUCCCCUCAGUAGGACCUUCGUUUACCAGGAUGUAUCUGACUGCUCUAAUGUCACUGGUACUUUUAAUCUGUAUCUGCUACUGCAGAUGGUUCUUAAUCUGAUCACAGCUAUUGUGUGUUUGUUGGCAUGCUUUGUGAUGUGGAAACACAGAUACCAGGUCUUUUUCGUGGGUGUUCGGUUACACUCAUUAACUGGUACUGAAAUCCAGCAACAGAAAGUAUAACGGGGGAAGGGUGUUUUUUGGCUUAUUUUGUAGGGAAUGAAUAAGAAAUGUCAGGCUAUUACCACUGUAGACACUGCAAAUAGAUGAGUGCUUAACGAUUUUUGACAAAGAAGAAAACAGUCACACAUUUUAUAUUUAUAUUUUCCAGUCAUUUCUAAGAGCAAAUGCUAUGGCCGCUGUUGCCAAGGGCCCUGGUGGGAAGAGCUAAAUGUAUCACAAAAAUUCUAAAGAUGUGGCUGCACAAAUAUUCCUCAAGGAGCAUCUUUAAUAGGUAUGGACAAAAGCAGUUCUGAUCCUUUAUUGGGAAUCCUCCGCUGAGCUAUAAAUAGUAGCAAACAAUGGACCAGAUCCUUGGUUGGUGUCUCUCUAUCUAUUCCAUUGACCUCUGUGGAGCUACACUGAUUUACAUCAGGUGAGGAUCUGGACUGUUGAAGUGAAAUGAUUCUAGUCAUGCUUAGGGAGUUGUGCUCUUGGAUACUGUACAUUACUGGGAUUUACUGUACAUGUGUGAGCAGUGAGGGCAAGCGACACCUUUCAAAUGCUGGCUAAGACCAGCAAGAAAUGAGAAUCUCCUGCUGGUAACAGUAUCAACUCUAGUCAAGGUUUUCAAGAGGCCCUGAUGAGAUCCCUAAAGGGGCCUACUUUUCCAGGAGUGGUGCUCAGUACACUUUGGCCAUAACUGUACAACAGCAUUAUUUCGGAGUAACUGAAGUUAUUCUGAAACAACAAAGAGCAUGUCUACACAGCAAGCCACUAUUUCAAAAUACUGUCAAGCUGGAG